AUGUUAUUUUCUAAAUCUGUAUUAUUUACACUGGCCACCUUGUUGGUCGAUAGUGUUCUUUCUCAACCUGGUGAUAUAUCUGCUGUUGCUCCAGAUGACUCAAAAGUUGUGAAAAUCUCUGAUGCUGAUGAAUUCGACCAGUUUGUUAAGGACAAUGACCUAUUCUUAGCAGAGUUCUUCGCUCCAUGGUGUGGUCACUGUAAAAGACUAGGUCCAGAAUACGUCAAGGCCGCAGAAACUUUAUCUGAUCUAAAUAUCCCAUUGGUUCAAUUGGAUUGUGAGGCAAACCAAGAAUUCUGCCGUGAUUUAAACAUCCCUGGCUACCCAACUCUAAAGAUCUAUAAAAACGGGUUUUCAAAGGACUAUCUCGGCGCUCGUACAAACGACUCCAUCGUCAACACAAUGAUUAAACACUCCUUGCCAGUCGUCAACCUAUUCAACUCCACAGAAAGUGUCAAGGAGUUCAUCAGAGACUCAACACUACCUGUCAUCGUCAAUUCUGACUUACAAUUGAACCAAACUUUCCACGACGUCGCUGACCAGUUGUUCGACGAUUUUGUUUUCAUCUCUUUACCAUUGAAGAACGUCUCCUCCGAAAAGACUUCAGGUCGUUUGGAAUUGUACUUGGCUGAUGCCAAAGAAAACUUCAAACCUUUCGUCUUUGAGGCUAAGCAGGACGCAGAAGACCUUCAAUCCGAGUUGGUCUCCUGGAUUAAGACCCAAUCUAUCCCAUUCUUCGGUGAUAUCAACGGUGAAACUUUCCAACAAUAUAUGGAAUCUCAAUUGCCACUGGCUUACUUCUUCUACACAUCACAAGAGGAAAGAGAGAAAUAUGUCAAGGACUUCGUUUCCUUGGCCACCAAAUAUAGAGGCCAAAUCAAUUUCGUCGGUUUGGAUUCAACUAAGUUCGGAAGACACGCCGAAAAUGUCAACAUUAAACAACAAUUCCCUGCCUUCGUUAUCCACAAUUUGACCUCCAACUUUAAAUAUGCUUUGCCUCAAUUGGCUGAGGAGGAAUUCUUGGCUCUAAAGAAACCUUACACCAUUAAAUCUAAAGAUAUCAUUAAACAUGUAGAACAAUUCCUAAAGGGUUCUUUGGAACCAACUAUCAAGUCUGAACCUGAACCAACUGAACAAGAAGCUAAUGUCUUCAAAUUGGUUGCUACCACCCACGAAAAGAUCGUUAAUGAUCCAAAGAAGGAUGUUCUUGUCAAAUACUACGCUCCAUGGUGUGGUCACUGUAAGAGAUUGGCCCCAGUCUACGAAGAAUUAGCUGAUGUCUACGCCUUUGAUAAGUCGGCUAACAAGAAGGUCCUUAUUGCAGAAGUCGACGCAACUGCCAACGAUAUUGCCUCUGUAGAUAUCGAAGGUUUCCCAACCAUCAUCCUAUAUCCAGCUGGUAAGAAUUCCGAACCUGUCACUUACAGUGGCUCUAGAACUUUAGAAUCCUUCUUGGAAUUUAUUCACGAAAACGGUGGUAACGAUGUUGAUGGUAAGGGUAUUUAUGAAAAGUAUCAAGAAGCUAAAGAAUUAGAACAAGAACAAGAAGAUGAUGAAGAUGAAACUGAAAAAACCGACGUUCACGAUGAAUUGUGA